CACUGCAAGCUUCGGUGGAUUGUUGGCAGCUUAUCGGAAAGCAGUCAGCUGUUGAGACAAAUUCCAUUCCUGUUUUCAUCUGGUGAUUGGAUAAAUAUAGGCGUUUAAAUGGUUAAUCCAGUUUCAUCAUUGCUGACCAAUAAUACUACAGCUAUUGGGGAUGAAAACAAUUGAAGGCACGCGGCAGCAAGCAGAGCAACAAGAUGCAGCAACAGGAAAAACGACGCGAGCUGCGUUUGAAAAAGUUCUGGCGAACCACCACCAAGCCACCUACAUCGUCGGAGGACUCCGGCGGCUGCGAAAGUCCUACAAAACUCGGACGAAAGGCCUUCCAGCAGCAAACAAAUAACAUUAGCAGUCCCGCUAGACAUCCGCCAGCAUGUUCGCUACCAUUGUUGCAGGUUUGGCCCAGCCAAGACUCUCCCCGAGGGGAAGCCGAUGGACAGAGUUUCGUAUUUCCGUUGGCCGUCGAUGACCAACUGCAGGCUGGCUGCAAUGCUGGAAUACUGCAAACCUCGCUGCAACAUGCCGUGGCAUCCUGCAGCAGUAAUAGUGACUUGCGACGUAAUUCCCUCUUCGUUGAUCAACUGCAAGCAGGCGACUCCGGUAUUGAUUCAGUUCAGGCAUCUCCGUCGCCGGUCGCCAUGCCUUGCCAUCCCCUAGUAGUGUCCAAUGCCAUUUCACCAAGUGCAUCACCUACGGUGGGUUCACCGACGCCUUCCAUGGAUCGCAACCGGCGGCCGUCGACGUCACUUCUGCACCCGGACCAUGCAAGGAUACUGGCUCUGCGACAACUGACGUCACCCGACCAAACAUCACUAGAAGACAAUACGGAAUUCAAUGGCACAACGGGGAACCACCUUUGCACAGCCAGUUCCAGUACGACAUCCUCCUUGACGUCAGUAGCGAUUGCCACCCUUGGACAGCAUCCUCAAAGAUCAUCGGAUCCCUGGCUCCGUCCGGAACGUGACAAAGAUCAUCUCGACCUGGAUCACCGAAGAGCCUCAACGAUGAGCGCUCGUCUGUCGCUGUUUGACGCCCUAGACCUGGAGUACGCAUUGCUUCGAGCCGCGGCACGAGGCUCGGUAGGUCCCUACUCGUUAAGCGAAUCGUUGCACAAGCUCACCUUUACCCAGUCGCUCGCCUUUCCGGCACUUGCCCGCGGAUUAGCUGCAAAACGGCGCACAUCUACCGAGGAAAGUUCAUCCCGACCGCUCAACCCGAACGAGUCCGGCCUGAACACGUUCGCCAAAGUGGUCACCGCCUGUGUUCUAGUGAUGGUUAGCUUUCUGGUGUUUCUAGUGGUAUACAAAUACGUACGGACGUGAGGCUUGCUCCUGGCCCCGACAGAAGUCACGAUACAGGCGACAACCGCUUCGACGGCGCUCGCUUCAUAUCACCACGUGGCCAACAAAACCAUCGUGUCGGGUGUCAGGAAGCUAUUUAACCUUGAUAACUAGUGUACGGCCGUGGAAGACUAAAAAUGACAAUGAAGAUCGCCUGUAGAGUCGAUCAAAACAUGUACACGUUCUUUCUUAUGACGUAGGAUAAACAAAGACGAAGAACAACGGAGCAAAAUAGAGUCAAUCGCAUUGAUUGUUUCGAACCUUGCAUCAGAACAAACGCGGAUCGAUUUGACUUCAUCAUAAGGUACAUCGCAGCAACAACAACAACCACGUUUCAAAACCGAUUCUGGGCAAUGCGCCCGGUUGCCUUACUACCAGGUGAACAGUGGAAGAGGUGACGUAGAUUGGAAAUUUAUUAGUUUCCCAAUUCUAAAGCAGGUUUUAGAUAUCGUAGUAGAGAAAGU